AUGGGCUUGUUAGCCAAAGGAGAAGAAGAAUUUCAAGUAGAGGAUGGUGAAAACAUCAAACAUUACUGGUGUUUAAGAAAAUUUACGACUAAAGAAAUUAUGUUUAAUGACAGUCAGAUUGACUAUACAUCACCUUUGCUGCUCGCUUCCUCCACCGCUGCGGACUCCUGUAGCUUUUUCGCCAGUCUUCGAACUCUCGCUUUCUUUUUAAUCCGCUGCAUCCGAUCACCCGCGUACCCCACCAUAUCAGACGCGGCCGUGGACACCAGCACUGAGAUCACCACCAAGGACUUGAAGGAGGAAAAGAAAGUUGUAGAAGAGGCAGAGAAUGGAAGUGACGCACCUGCUAAUGGGAACGCUAAUGAGGAAAAUGGGGAGCAGGAAGCUGACAAUGAGGUAGGUGAAGAGAAAGAAAGAAGGGAAGGAGAGAAAGAGGAGGAGGAAGAUGAUGGUGAGGAAGAGAAUGGAGAUGAAGAUGAGGAGCCUGAGGCAGCUAUGGACAAACGGGCAGCUGAAGAUGAUGAGGAUGAUGAUGUUGACACCAAGAAGCAGAAGACCGAUGAGGAUGACUAGACAGCAGAAAAGGAAAAGUAAAA